AUGGAAGAUCUGAUCGGGCUUCUUCAAACUAGAACUAGUAAAAAGUCUAAUUCACGUUUUAACAAAUUCGAAAGAGAACAAGAAGCAAGAUUGCAGGAAGCAAUGGAAUUAAUAAAUGGUGAAAACGGUAUCAUUAAUGUUUGGAUUUCCGAAAUGAAAGGUAUCGCUUUCUCUGUAAUGAAAAAAAUGGAUGAAAAAUUGAACUAUGAAGAUGCUUGUAUUAAAAAUUUAAAACUUGGAUUUGAAAAAUAUCAGUCAGUUACAACCGAAACGUUAGAUCACCUAGCAAAGAUCCACACACAAUCACAAAGAUUUCGUCGCGAAUUAGAUAACGAUUUAAAACGAAUUUAUACUACCGAUGAAACAGAAAUAAACGAAUCAUUGGAACAUUUUGUAAAGGGUCAAAGGCAAACUCAAAAGCUCUUAGCUAAAUCAAACAAGGAAAUCCAUGACAUGUCUGCUCUCAAAAGAAUGUUAUCAGAAGUUUAA